CGGGAUCCUGAGGCGCCCCGGAGCUGGCGCGCGGUCCGGGCGCGGCGAUCGGAGCGGGUCUCGUUCUCCUCACGAUGGGCAGGGACGCGGGGCGCUGCCCUGAGGAGCCCGAGCGCCGGUGAAGGCGGAGCCGCCGGCCCUCCGCGGCCAUGGCCGGCCCCGGCGCGUGGAAGCGCCUCAAAUCCCUGCUGAGGAAGGACGACGCGCCGCUCUUCUUAAAUGACACCAGCGCCUUCGACUUCUCGGACGAGGUGAGCGACGAGGGUCUUUCGCGCUUCAAUAAACUUCGAGUCGUGGUGGCAGACGACGACUCGGAAGCCCCGGAAAGGCCUGUGAACGGGGCGCACCCGGCUCUCCAGGCCGACGAUGACUCCUUAUUGGACCAGGACUUACCUUUGACCAACAGUCAGCUGAGUUUGAAGAUGGACCCCUGUGACAACUGCAGCAAACGGCGAGAGUUGCUGAAGCAGAGGAAGGUGAAGACCCGGCUGACCAUUGCUGCGGUCCUGUACUUGCUUUUCAUGAUUGGAGAGCUUGUAGGUGGAUACAUCGCAAAUAGCUUAGCUAUUAUGACAGAUGCACUUCAUAUGCUAACCGACCUUAGUGCCAUUAUACUCACUUUGCUUGCUUUGUGGCUGUCCUCAAAGUCACCAACCAGAAGAUUCACCUUUGGAUUUCAUCGCCUAGAGGUUUUGUCAGCUAUGAUCAGUGUGAUGUUGGUGUAUGUCCUUAUGGGAUUCCUCUUAUAUGAAGCUGUGCAGAGAACGAUCCAUAUGAACUAUGAAAUUAAUGGUGAUAUCAUGCUCAUCACUGCAGCUGUUGGAGUUGCAGUUAAUGUAAUAAUGGGGUUUCUGUUGAACCAGUCCGGUCACCACCAUUCCCACUCCCAUUCCCACUCCCUGCCUUCAAAUUCUCCCACCAUGGUAUCUAGUGGACACAGCCAUGGGCAGGACAGCUUGGCAGUGAGAGCUGCAUUUGUACAUGCCCUGGGUGAUUUGGUACAGAGUGUGGGUGUGCUUAUAGCUGCAUACAUCAUACGAUUCAAGCCAGAAUACAAGAUUGCUGAUCCCAUCUGUACAUAUGUAUUUUCAUUACUUGUGGCUUUCACAACAUUUCGCAUCAUAUGGGACACAGUAGUGAUAAUACUGGAAGGUGUACCAAGCCACUUGAAUGUAGAUUAUAUCAAAGAGUCAUUGAUGAAAAUAGAAGAUGUAUAUUCUGUGGAAGAUUUGAAUAUCUGGUCUCUCACUUCAGGAAAAUCCACUGCCAUAGUUCACAUGCAGCUAAUUCCUGGGAGUUCAUCUAAAUGGGAAGAAGUGCAGUCCAAAGCUAAGCAUUUAUUACUGAACACAUUUGGCAUGUAUAAAUGCACCAUUCAGCUCCAGAGUUACAGACAAGAAAUGAACAGAACUUGUGCAAAUUGUCAGAAUUCCAGUACCUGAUUCUGUGUACUUGGGGUCUACAGCCUUAUUUAUCCUGCAGUCACAGACUUGAGAGCAAUAAAUGCAAACCUAAUAGAGUCCCUGACAGUUGUGUCCACAUCAAGCACCGUCUCUCACAGUCACAUGGUGUGACUGAUAACUGCAUGAUUUUCAGAUGAAGUUUCCAAAGUACUGUUUACAGAGUGAGCUGUAACUCUGCAGAUACCUCAUAGAAGACAAUCCAAGAGCAUACUUCAUUAAUUUGACAGAAUACACAAGAUGUACAGGAAGACUCAGAAUUCAGUAUUUGCAUCUAAAACUACUUUUUACAGUCCUUUUAUAUGAAGUCAGUGCUAGCAAACUCAGUGUUGAAUUAUUUGGGACUUUUGUCUCUGUGUAAUCUUGGCAUCUAGUUUCUGGAAUUGUAUUCUCUUUUAAUAAAAAUUAGCCCCCAACAGAUUUCAGAAAGUAAUAAUAUCCAGAAAAUGGAAUAAGCAUGUAUUCCUAAGUGUUUCAGAACUGUUUUAUUUCAUAAAUAACUCCUAAUAUUAUUAGUCAUACUUUAUAAGCAAAUUUUCCAGAUAGUACUGGUUUUGAAUCUCAGUGUUUUGAUUAUUUGUAAUCUCAUCAGAAAUAUUCACAUAAUGUGGUCACUGUCAUUAAAUUAUUUAGGAAAUUUUUAAUAUAACUCUAAAUGGCAGAUAUUAGAUUUAACCUCAAGUUACCUUACUAAAUAAUUAUCUAAAACAGAGGAGCAAGCAGUGGCAUGUGAAGUUUUGGAUUUCUAUCUUCCCUGAAAAUCACUUUUGUGAUUGUCUUAAUGACAGUAAGAUGACAAAGCUUCAGUAGUUAUCCACUGUCCUUUAAAGAACUGCCAGCAUUUGUUAGUAACAGUUUCCUUGGUGCCCUGUUCUCAUGUGUAAUCUUUAUGCAUAUUUCAGGUUCCUAUAGAGAUACCUGGGUUUAUUAAUGCCUAUCAUGCAAAGCACCCUUUCUAGAGAGAAUUUCUGUUUUAUGAUAUGGAUUAGGGGGGUUCUCCAUGCAUUACAGAAAUCCCCAAAGUACAGUCUUGAAGUUUCACAAUAAUGCCAUAGCAGAAAGGGUUGGGUGGAAAAAUUACUUUGAGAAAACAAGAGGUGAAGGAUUUUGUUUUGUUUUUAACUAUGUAUGGGCACAAGAGAACUAAAGUAAGGAUGGCCAUGAAAGCUAUAUCUAGAGAAAUGGCGUAAGUAUUUACAAGCUAAGGGAACAUAAUUGGCAGAAGUCUGUUGAAGAGACAGUUGUGAAUAUUCAUAUUUGAAUAUUCAACAGUUGAUUUGAGAUGAGCUCUUUUCAGCACAGACACUUUAUAUGGCUCGUGGCUCCUCAGUGAAUCAGAGUGGAGUAACAAUGUCCCAAGCACAUUGUGAAUUUAAAUCCUAGGAACCUAAAUGAUGUGUAAAUUGAGAGUAAAAAUAGGUGUUAUCUUCAUACUGCAGACUUUCUCUAUGUGUAAAUCUAAAAUAAGAAAAUCUAGAUGAUUUACCCCUAAGGUUGUUGGAAUUGAUAGUAUUAAAAAAAAAAAAAAAAAAAAAAAAAAAACCAGCUCAUGUUACCUAAUAAAACCCAGUAGUGUUUGUUGAGUUCUUAAAUUCAAAGUUUUCUUUGAGAAAAAAAAAAAAGAAAAAGUUUACUUUGUUGAAUUUUAUUGUGAGCUUAAAUUUCAAAACUUAGAAUAUAAACUAAAUAAAACAACUAUAACCACAUGACUAAUGACAGGCAUUUAAGUGGCUUCCUGGGCAUUUGUGGCCUUUAGGUAUCUAGGAAAAAAAAGGGAAAAUGUACAUUUUAUUUAAUAUUUUCCCAUGUCAAUUAAGUUUAUUUCUUGUAAUCAUCCUUUAUCACAAUGUGAGUAUAUGUAGGUUUUCAUAUUGACUGAUUCCUUACGUUUUUUUGAUAAAAACAUCCUAAAAAUCAGUUUGAAUGUUGAAAAGGGUUGUUUUUAUGAAACACAGAAACACUGAAAACUUUUUAUCACAUUCUGCUUAAAGCGGGUAUACCCAGCAUUUCUGUGCUUUACUUUUGCAGCAAGAGCUAGACUCUGUACUUUACUGGCCCACAAGAUGGAGAAGAACUGAGAGAUUUUACUAGUUAACUUGUCAGAACCAGCAGAGAAGGGCGUUAACUGAGCAGUUACUGCAGGGACGACACAGCUGUGGGGUUUGGUCUGUCCUUCACCUGUUGAGCCCAAUGUACAGUGGCGCAGAUUCUCAGCUGAGCUGUUGGAAGUCUUUGCUCUGUGAAAAACAGGGUCUGAAUCAGAGAGAUGCAGUACUAAUUUUGCACUGGGAAACAUCACAACAUAAAAACUUGGCAAUUCUCCAUUGCAGUAUAUUCUAACGAAUAUUUGCAGAUAAUCGGUGACUGUAGGCAUUAGCCUGUGCUUUACAGCUCUGGUUCCCUGCAGUCUUUUGUUUUAGGUAGACUUUGACUAAUGCUCUUGCUGCCUUAACAAGCAUAAUGAGAAUGCAAUGAGUAAGACACACUUGGUAGAACCCAGAUCUAUUGUAACUCUUGCACACAGCUGUGUUGUUUCCAUGCUUACAGGUCUUGAUGUGAUUGGAGAUUUUCACAGCUCCCAUCAGCAUUGUUUGCUGGUCACUGGAUUUCUUAGGUUACUGUGUUUCUUUUCGGUUUGAGGUAGGGCUUUGUUUCUUUUCAGUUUGGGGUAAGGGCUUUAUUUCUUCUCUCUGAAGUAUUUUCUGUUAUAAGACUCUCAGUAGCCUGUCUUCAGCCCAGGUGGCCCACCUGUCAGUGUUUGUCUUUAGGCAGUCCUUCCCAGAGUGGACAUAGUUGAUGCACAACUUCUCUUUAUUUUUCAGAGAGCGCUUUGAGGCAGUACUUAGAAAUGUCUUUCCAGGCGAGAAAGGUCUUUAAAACUGAAGAUCAUCCCCUGCCUAGAUUUCUGCACGCUGUACUUAGUAGAGCAUGAGACAGAAAUAGACUGAGUAGCCACUGUGAAGGGCUUUGGGUUUCUCAAAAGCCAGUCAUGGCUCUUGGAGAUUUUGAUCUUGCAGCACACCCUUCAGCUUUAUGUGUUUAUGAUCACUGGUUCACCAUCAUAAGAUGCUCUCACUGAAUCUGAACUCAUUUGAAGUACAGUUUUAGGCAUUUUUGCGCUGAUUACUUUGUGUGGACUAAAAGUAAGGUUACAGAAUGUGUGCCUACAUACAAGAUCAGUUCAUCCUGUCUUAUUUAUAAAUGACAGUGACAUCUCACUAGAUACCGGGGCCUAAGGGGAAGCAAGCCUUACCCCAGGUGGUUGGCCUAACCUCUCAGUAGUAAGAGCACCAUUUGCAAACUAACUCCAACUCCAGGGCUGUCAGAUGGAUCCUGCAGGCCAGGGUUUCAGAUUUGACUUUAUAGUUAAAUAUAUUGGUUUGUUUUUUUUUUUAUGUUAGUGGGAGCAUGCAAACUGGAAAGAAGAAAUUGUGGGAAUUCCUCAGUAUUAUAUGUCUCCAUUUAGGCAAGCCAGUCGUUUUGAGUUCUUGGUUACAAAAGGUUUGUUGGAAACCAACAGUCAUUUUCUGAUUUUUGUUAAGAUUGGUAAAUGUGUUUGGAGACUUUGACAGCUAAAUCCAUGACAGUGACAAUUUAAGUAGUGCUAUUAAGAAUCUCCUGAAAUAAAUUCAACACAAAGUUGGAAUAUACCAGUGUAUUCUUUUUCUACCUAGAAGAUACUUUGUAUUUGGAAAGUGUCUGCCUCUCUAAAUGAAUAGGUGAUUAAAUAAGCCAUAUCACGGUUUAAGAAAUUGUAUAUACUUUCCUAUACACCCCUCCAAAAACUGAGUAUUUUGCAUAUGAUUGAUUUUAGAAAGAUUUUGAAGCUGGGGUUUAUCUGUGUAAUGAAGAUCAGAUUCUUUGUAUAUGUACUGUAUUUGCCAUUUUCAAAUGAAAUUUCCUAUAUGAUAAUUAAAUAAA